GGAGUGCUGCCGGGCAGGAGCCAGAGAUGACCAAGGAAGACGACUUACCGGACUGGAACUCAUCCAAGGAGUUUUAUGAGAAGUAUGAGCCGAAGGAGAUUUUGGGCAGGGGGGUGAGCAGCAUCGUCCGUCGGUGCAUUCACAAAGCCACGCGGCAGGAGUACGCCGUGAAGAUCAUCGACAUCACGGCGGGUAACAUAUCCCCCAAGGAGGUGCAGGAGCUGCGAGAAGCCACCGCGAAAGAGAUCGACAUUCUCCGGAAAGUCUCAGGCCAUCCCAAUGUCAUCCAGCUGAAGGACAGCUAUGAAUCCAGCACCUUCUUCUUCUUGGUGUUUGACCUGAUGAAGAGAGGGGAGCUCUUCGACUACCUCACCGAGAAAGUCACCUUGAGCGAGAAGGAAACCAGGAAGAUCAUGCGUGCGCUGCUGGAAGUGAUCCAGUACCUCCACUCCAUCGACAUCGUCCACCGGGACCUGAAGCCGGAGAACAUCCUCCUGGACGAUGACAUGAACAUUAAGCUGACGGAUUUCGGCUUCUCCUGCCAGCUGCGCGAGAACGAGAAGCUCAAAG